AUGCCGCGAGCUCGUACGAACCGGGGCACGGCUCCGGCCAAAUACAAUGAAUACAUUGUAGGGUCAGAGAUAGAUCUAGAUGAACAAGAAACUGUCCCAAAAGAACACCCUCAGUGGGAUGGUAAGACUAAUAACGUUACAUUUCAUAUAGCUCGUGAAAUAAUACCGGCAUGGAAAAAGGCAGUACUUGAAUUCUUCAAUGAGAAAAAAACAACGGUGACGACUAGUGAUAUUUGUUGUGUUAUCAAAGUAUUUUUUGACUAUGAAGGCUCAGACAAUAACUCCGUGAAAAUAAACUUCUACCAAUCAGGUUCCGUAGUUAUUCAAGGAAUAAAAUGUGUUCAAUUUAAGGACAAAUACUUUGCUUCCCUAAAUCAGAUGGCACAGAACUUGAAUGAAAUUCAAGAAUCAUCAGUCGUGGAUGAUGCAGAAGUUCAUGAAUGUGAUGAUAAUAGUAGUCAAGGGAGUGAAAUGAAUGACACACUUUUAGAACAGACCGAUACUGAAGAAACAAAAGAACAAGGGGUCUCCGACAACAAUAUCAUAGACAUAAGACACGAUGUUGUAACACAGAAAGUGGAUGCUAGUUGUAAUACAGAACAAAGUGAUCUAGUAGAAUGCCAGAGUAUUACACCCAGAGAGCAAGCAGAAACCCAAGUGAUGACAUUCAUGUCAAGAAUGGAAAGCCAUUUCAUAGGUGCUAUCGAAAGGAUAUUUAAUCAACACUCAGCAAUAUUAACAACAAAGCUAGAAACAAUGCAAAAACUACAUAAUCAAAGCAUGCAAGCCAAUGAAGCGAAUUUCACACAACUACUGAAUAAAUUUGAUGAACUUAUGAAUAAGACAACAAAACUUGAAAAAGAAAACACAGAACUCAAAACAAAAAUGAACAGUUUAAAUCACAUGUCAACACUUGAAAAAGAGGUAUUAAAAUCCAACCUAGAAGCAAAAUGUUCAUUCCUGCAACACCAGAAUGACACAUUUUCAGAGAAAAUGAGGAUAUACACAGAAGACCUACAAAAGACCUCAGAUGUCAUGGCAGAUAGAUCUGCCCAGAUAGAUACAUUAGAGACAAAAAUUGCAGCAAUGAAGACACAACUUGACAAGAAAGAUGAAGAAAUUGUGAGCUUAAAGUUACAUAAUUGCCGUGACGAUAACAGCGGGGAUUUCCGGUCAGCAUCAAAAACAAAAACAACUCGUCAAAGCCAUGGAAAACCCCAUGUCACUUUGAUUGGGACUUCUAAUAUAAAAGGAAUACACCCUGACAAGCUUUCAUACCAGUAUAGUGUGAACAAAAUAACUGCCUACACUUUAGAAGACACUGAAAAAGAAAUCAGAAAUUUAGCAGAAACUCCAGAUCUUAUUGCAUUACACUCAUUGACAAAUGAUUUAAGAAAUAAAACUCCCAAUGUAUGUGUAGAAGAGAUGUCAGGUAUCUGCAAUUUAAUUCAUGACCAAUUGCCAGUUACAAAAAUUGUAAUCUCACUCCCAACUCCAAGGAAAGACUCAGAUGACUAUAAUACCAGAGGACAGAUAGUCACUGCCCUGCUGAAACAGAAGCUGAAGGAUGAUAGUCUUGUUAUCUUUUGUGACAAUAGCAACAUGGCGUACAAGGGAGAAGUAAUUCCAAGAUACAUUGUUGCAAAGGAUGGCUACCAUCUUUCCCAUCAAAGCACUGCAGUGCUCGCAUCCAAUAUCCGCAGCUCAAUUGACACAGCUUUGAAUUUAUCCCAUCGCCUUAAACAGCACCAAGGAAGAGGGUACUACGUGUAUAAGGGUCGGGGAGGUGACCGUCGACGUGGAUAUGAUUUCAAGUUUCGUUGGUAA